AUGAUUGAAAUACAUGCUUUCAUUGGUUUGUUAUAUUUAGCAGGGGCUUAUAAAUCCAAUAGUCAAUAUCUGGAGGAACUCUGGGGACAGGAAGGUGACGGUAUUGAAAAAUUUGGACUAGUAAUGAAUAUAAAACGUUUCAAGAUCCUUAUUCGUUGCUUACGUUUUGAUGAUCGAUCUACUAGAAACCAACGGAAAACAUUGGACCGCCUUGCUCCAAUUCGUGAAGUUUUCGACAAAUUCAUCAUAAAUUGUCAAAAUUCAUAUUAUCCUGCUGAGAAUGUCACCAUUGACGAGAUGCUACCAGGCUUCAGAGGCAGGUGCUCAUUUCGCCAAUAUAUACCUUCAAAACCAAACAAAUAUGGAAUAAAAAUUUUUGCUUUAGUCGAUGCCAAAAUGUUUUAUACAUUUAACAUGGAAAUAUAUGCUGGAACACAGCCGGAAGGUCCCUUUCGUGUGAGCAAUAAGCCUGUUGACGUAGUAAAAAGAUUAGCAGCUCCAUUAUUUGGAUCAGGUCGCAACAUAACUGCAGACAACUGGUUCACUGAUUUCAACCUCAUCCAUGAAUUGAAAACGCAAAGGUUGUCAUAUGUUGGCACAGUCAGAAAAAAUAAGAGACAUUUACCCUACUCUUUUAUCGAUUUGAAGGAGAGAACACAAUACAGCAGUUUAUUUGGUUUCAAUAACGGGACGACUUUAGUUUCAUAUAUACCGAGGAAAGGAAAAAAUGUUAUUCUUGCAUCUUCGCUUCACAUUGACGAUAACAUUGAUCCCAGUUCAGGAAAUAUGAAGAAGCCGGAGAUGAUUACAUUCUAUAACUCCACUAAAUGUGGGGUGGACACCUUAGACCAAAUGUGCGCUAAUUACAAUGUACACCGUAAUAUAAAACGGUGGCCAAUGGAAAUAUUUUUUGCCAUGCUGAAUGUGGGGGGCAUCAAUUCUCAAGUGAUUCAUCUCUGUAAUCAAUUAGAGCCACUGAGACGAAGAAGAUUUCUGAAACAGUUGAGUCAUGAACUGGUAAUAGAACACAUGAGACGCAGAAGCCAAAUGACGUCAGGGCUACACACUAGUAUUCAAGUUCGUCUAAAGCGAUUUUUUCCUAGGGAUGAUCGUGAGAAAUCACCAGAAGUUCCAAAAAACAGAAAAAAACGUAGCACAUGUAGUUUGGAAGGAAGUAAAAGGAGAUUGUCGAGCUACGCGUGCAGAAAAUGCAAUAAUCAUAUCUGCCUGACACACGCAAACAUGGUAUGCAAUGCUUGCUUCCCAGAGUAUCAACUAGUACCGCCAAAAAGAGAAUGGAAACGUCCAUAA